ACAGAGCACGUAACGGGGGAACGGUUGGAAUUUUUGAAAGAUGUGAAACACAUGGUCCCAUAGAACCCCUUUCAUAAUCUACCAUCCCCCAUCCAAAUAUAGUAGACGUUAGUAAAAAAAUUACAAAUAUUCUAUUGAAUUUAUUAUAAUUCCAAGGGGCAAGAAUGGAUAAUUUGGCAAUGAUUAUGACUGUGGUUCAAGAACAAAGCUUGAUGUUGCAGCAGCUAAUGGUGGCGGUUAAGUCCAAACAGCCAAACAAUUCAAUUGACGAAGAAGAUGAAUUGGAGAUGGUCAGAUGGUUUUCAGCUUUCAAGUCUAAAAUGCCAAGAAGAGUGUGGAUGAAGGUAAGAAAUACCAAUUAAUAAGGCAGGUUUUAUUUUAAGAUUCAUAGAAGCGGUAUGGAUCUUUUUGGGAAAAGGAUGUUCCCGAAAACAGCGACUCAUUUUUUAAGGAGAGCUUUCGGAUGGAGAAGGCAACCUUUUUAUUUUUGGUGGGUCGACUAGAAGUUUUGCGAAAGAGGAAUACCAACUGGCGAGACGCGAUUCCUCUUGAAAAGCGGAUUGCUAUUGCCUUGUAUACUUUAGGUUCCUCUGCGGAGUAUCGGGCUGUUGCAAGGCUUUUUGGAGUUGCACACAACACUGUCUGCAAAAUACUCCAUGAAUUUUGUCGGGCAGUCAUCGCGGAGUUUGCAAGCGAAUUUAUGACUCCCAAUUACCUUACACCUGAAAAGGUGGAGGAGUGCGUUAAGGGUUUUGAAGAAAUUGGGUUUCCUCAAUGUAUCGGUGCAAUUGAUGGGUGCCACAUCGAAAUAAAACCGCCAGCAGCAGAAGCAGUCGACUAUCACAACUACAAAGGCUGGUACUCAACGGUACUAUUUGCUCUCGUAGACUACAGGCAAGUUACCUUCACUUAAGUAUCUUAUAAAUAUUUUAAAUAUUUUUAAUUUAUUACAGAUAUAGA